CGAGCCUCCCAGAAUCCUCCUCCAGCCUGUCCUGCUCCCCUUUCACUUCUGACCCAGCCCUGCAUGCUCCUUGUGCUUUGUUUCUGUCUCUGUGCUGAGGCUAAGCUGCUUGGAGUCCCGGAUCCGCCCUGGUCACUCUGUGCUCAGCACCUGAGCGCCGCCCUGCUGGCAAUCACCCCCCAGACCGCACCUGCCCCCGAGCGCUGAGCCCACUGGGAUGGUACCCCAGGAAGGCCGUGAGUCUGUGCAGUGCCCGUGCCCUUCCCUGGCUAGCCUGCAGGCCAAGGAUGCGCUUCGGAGGAAGCACAAGAGGAAGAGCCGACAGCACCAGCGAUUCAUGGCCCGGAAGGCGCUGCUGCAGGAGCAGGGGCUGCUGAGCGUGUCCCCAGAGCCGUGGUCCUCCCCACCGCCUACGCCGUCGGGGGCACUGCCAGGCACUGAAGGCACCAGCGGCAGGACGCAGCGUCCAAGGAAUGAACCGGGAGGUGCUUCAUGGAGCAGGAAGCCCACCCCCAGGGAAUCCGCGGGGCCCUGGCCCAGCAAGUGCGUGGCUAUCGACUGCGAGAUGGUGGGCACUGGACCCCGAGGGCGGGUGAGCGAGCUGGCCCGCUGCUCUGUGGUGAGUUACCACGGCGAUGUCCUCUAUGACAAGUACGUCCGGCCAGAGAUGCCCAUCGUGGACUACCGUACCCGCUGGAGUGGCAUCACUCAGCAGCACAUGCGCAAGGCCAUCCCCUUCCAGGUGGCCCAGAAAGAGAUCCUCAAGCUCCUGAAGGGCAAGGUGGUGGUGGGGCAUGCGCUCCACAAUGACUUCCAGGCCCUCAAGUACGUGCACCCUCGGAGCCAGACCCGCGACACCACUUACGUGCCCAGCCUCCUGCAGCAGCCCGGCCUCCACACUCGCACCCGGGUCUCUCUGAAGGACCUGGCCCUGCAGCUGCUACACAAGAAGAUCCAGGUCGGCCAGCAUGGGCACUCGUCGGUGGAAGACGCCACAACGGCCAUGGAGCUGUACCGGCUGGUGGAGGCGCAGUGGGAGCGGCGGCAGGCUGGCAGCCUCCCACCCCGCCCCGAGGACCGGGACCCGGACAGCAGCACGGACGUAGAACAGUACAUGGAGGACCAGUACUGGCCGGAGGACCUGGCCCAGGGCACCUGUGGAGGAACGGGGGAGCCACAGGACAGAAGGGAGUGAGGCAGGAGAGGCUCCCAGGUGACCUCUGAGUGGAGCGUGGGGGGCGCGGGGGGCCAGGAGAGCCCUGGGCACGUCGUCCCUGGUAGGGCAGGGUGAGGCUAGCCUGUUGCCAGGGUCCAGGGAGCUGGGACCAUCUGUCCUCUUGGCUCCCUCCGUCCAAGGCUGUUGUGGGCACUUAACCCCACCCCUGUGGCCUGCUAAUGGCACUUUAUAGACACUAUGAAAAUGUCAGGUGCGCAGGGACCCAGCUGGGGGAGGACGCAUGCCGACAGACCAUCCCAGCUGUCACCCCACCCCCAUGGGUGGAUAGCACCCCUGUGCUGUGGUAUCUCGGGGUGAUGUCUUCUCCCUGGGGUGGUGAGCUCAGUGACUUGGGGUACAGCUCUCUUCUCUUACUGCCCUCUACCUCUUCCUCCACGGGCAUUGUCAGAUUCAAUGUGCCCUGAGCCUGUAGAAUUAAGGCCACUCUAUGGGACGUUCCUUUCCUUUCUCUCUGAACUAGAACUUGGGCUGGCGCCACAGUAGGACCUCGAUGCUAGGCUGUGAUAGACCAGCAGGGCCCCUCUAGGCACGUGGGGAGCUGGCACCAGGAGUCACCAGGCUCUAUUCCGAGGGUGGGGGGAAGCGGGUAAGCUUCGGGUGGAGACGCUGAUGUAUUAAUUUUGACCCGACUCAGGCAGGAGGCUCUCUUAAGCACAAGCCUGAGAAACAGCACAGCAGUCUGAGUUCUGGGAUCCGUGUGGGACCCCCUACCCAGUGUGUAGGGGGGCCGAGUGCAUGUCCAAGGGGUGAGGGCCAGGCAGGGAAGCCAUCUCCGCACUUGGGCUGGUGUCCCCUCGGGCACUUGGAUCCACAGGCAUUGUGGUCAUUGGGUUGCAUGCACCUUGCCAGAGCUGUCUCUGUCAGGAUCUCAUCUGCCACCCCUCUUGCGUUCUUUCCCAAAGGGCAAUUUGGGAGUAUUGAGGUUAAGCAAGAGCUCAGGUCCACACUGACCUUUGAGCCCCAUCUUUGCUUGCCACUUAACAGCUUUGGGACCUUGAGCAAUAUGUGACCUCACCCUUGAGCCCAUUUCCUCCUCUGUAAAAUGGGGCUAAUGCCGUAGCCUACCUCAUAGGGUUGUCCUGGGGGCCCGGUGCCCAGUGCUCAGCGUGGUGCCUGGCUCCCUUUCAGCCUCUUCUGGGGGACGCCUGAGCCCGCCCCUGGGAUUGAGACGGCUGCUGACCCUUGGCUGCCCCAGCAGGGGCGGGCUGAGGACACCGCGUGCAGGUGCCGGGUCCUCACUGCUCCCGUGGCUGGGUGACCGGUGUGCGCUCAGCCCCCCCCCCCCCCGCGUGCAGGAAAUGACAGUGAUUUUUAUGUCAGUCUGGUCCAAGCAGCAGGGCCGGGAACUGAGAGACACUACUGAAACCGCACUACAGGUUGCCUGUCCUCCACUCCCUCCCUGUCUUCGGGGCAGGGCCCGACAAUGGCAUUGACCUCUGCUGGCCUGGCUCCAGCGCUUUGUUCUGGAGUCCUUCAAAGUCUGUAGCUGGUGCCAAACUCCCAGCCCAGCCGGGCUGCAGUUUCGAUUCUUUGGGCUACAGACUGAAGGGAGAUGAAACUGUUACCAGUGGGAAAAUGUACUGGGUUUAAGGUCAGCUUUGUUGUAAAACCAUUUGUUCUGGAAUAAAAUGAGAUUAGAAAAGUAA